AUGUUAGGAGUUGUAUAUUUGCACUUGGAAAAUAUUCAUAAGAUUGACGACACCAGUGCUCUGGUAGUAAAAGGUAGCUCUAGAAACUUCACUUCUAGUUCCUUACUGUGCCAAAACUUUGCUAUGUGGCGAGACAUUUCCAUCAUGUGUACUUCUUUUUGUCCUCCUAAGAAAUCAGCCAACCAGAAAAGAGCAAAAUCACUUCAUCUUUUUCCUAAAGUAAAUGAUCAGAGAAUUGAUGAACUAGUUCAUCCUAUCGCUCUUAGGAUAAACUGA